GGGAAGUAUGCAUUUGCAGCGAGAAUAGCGAGCCCCCGAAACCCCCGAAGCUCCCUCGAACCCGCCGCCUUUCCUCCAACUCCUCCCUUUUGCCUCCUACCACGGAACGGCCAUCAUCCGCGUUCGUUCCGUCGGACGGCGCUCGGGAUUCCCUCCAUAAUAACCACCCAACCUUCUAUUAUCCAAAUCUCGUCUUCUCGUCUUCUCUCCUCUUGCCGUCGCCGCCAUGGAGGCCGUACAGGAGUUCCCGGCCAUGCUCGCCCAAGCGCCAGCCAUGAAGCCAAAGCUGCUGCCCCUCCGGUGGCCUAGCACAUUAGCGCAGCUCAAUCCGAUACCGCACAAGUAUCGCUCAGCCCGGAAGCUCCGCCUGCACCUACGGGUUUCCAGGGGGCAAGAACACGCCGGUGACAUCACCCGCCUGCAGACGUCGUUCGACAUCAAGAGGUCGCUGAGGGCGCUCAGGACGAGGAAGUGGACUCUAUGGGAUCUGCAGCACCUCGUUACUCUUGGGUACAUUCUCUUUUCGCUGGCGAUCCUGCCGCCGGCCCCCCUCAUUAAGAUCGGGGUGUUGCUUGUGCUCGGGCUGCUGCUCCUGAUGCCCAUCACCCAGCAGUUCUUUCUGCCUUCGUUGCCAAUAUGGACAUACCUACUCUAUUUCUUUGCGAGCCGAUUUAUUGCCCCCGAAUAUCGGCCGCACAUUUGGGUGAAGGUGCUCCCCGCCCUCGAGAACAUCCUGUACGGAGCCAACCUCUCCAACAUCCUUUCGGCGCAUACCCACGCCGUCCUCGAUGUCCUAGCAUGGCUGCCCUACGGCAUCGGCCACUUCGCGCUGCCCGCCAUCUGCAGCGCCUUCAUGUUCCUCUUCGCCGCUCCGGGUACCACUCCCGUCUUCGCUCGCGCCUUCGGCUACAUGUCGAUGCUCGGCGUCACCAUCCAGCUCAUCUUCCCCUGCACUCCGCCCUGGUAUGAAAAGCUUCACGGCCUGGAGCCGGCGCAUUACGGCAUGCAAGGCUCUCCCGCAGGCCUACGCCGCGUUGACGAGCUGUUCGGGGUCGACAUGUACACGACCAGCUUUACCACCGCGCCACUACCGUUUGGCGCCUUUCCCAGCCUUCACGCGGCCGACGCCAUCCUGGAGGCGCUCUUCAUGCAGUACUGCUUCCCGCGAUUCCGACCCUUCUUCAUCUUCUACGCCGUCUGGAUCUCGUGGUCCACCAUGUACCUCAACCAUCACUACGCCAUCGACCUCGUCGGCGGCGGCAUCUUCGCCGCGUCCGCCUACUACAUCGCCCGCACCAAGUUCCUCCCCCGCCCGCAACUCGAUAAGACCACGCGCUGGGAGUACGAGUACGUCGAGUUCGGCGACCGACCACGCGUCAUCGACGAGGAGUACGGUCUAGGCCGAGGCUUGCUCAGCACCCGCCGGCCGGGAAGCAGCGACAGCGACGAGUGGACUCUCGGCAGCAGCUCCAGCCUUGACUCGAUGAGCCGUGGCGACACGCUCUGCGGCAGCAGCAACUCCACCCCGGGCAUCCUGAGCCCAACCACCCCAACCGACGACCAUUACGAUGUCUGGAGCAAGGUGCGGCUCGCGCAGCCCCAGGAGGGCGACGCAUGCGAGAUCUUUGUUGCGCGCUGAGUGGGCAUGAUCAUCCAUCGCUCCUCGUUCGAGCAGCGUCCAACCCGGUUACCUUGUUUCAAGCGCUCUUCCAAGACCUUAAUAGCGUCGUGAGCCGGGCACUCUCCGAGAGCCCCAGUUCAGCCUUGGUCAAUUGAUCAUUUCGACCUAAUCACAGUUGCGCUGCGUCGACAGAGAGGGCAAA